UAGUUGACACUUGACAAUGCUUGACAAGCCGCUUCCGCUUGCAAUUUGCAUUUUAUUGCAAAAAUCAGCUGUUAUCGAAAAUUACCAAACAAAUCACGCGUUUUGAGUUAUAAACAUAAAGUGCAUAGACCAAAUAACAAAUGUUGAUAAACUGUUGACGUGAUGUUAUUAUAUGUAUACAUAGUAGUAAAAACCAAUAAUUAAACAAUGAAGAAGUUAUUUCCGGUCUUCACAAGGAAACUAACUCACGUCUGUCGUCUAAAACCUUACAAGGACACAAAAUGGCUCAUGCCGAACGGUAAUCCUACAGGAGCUUACGUCUAUAACUGCGUCGCCGAAGAGAAGGUUCCUAUAAUACUAAAUGAUCCAACAAUCGCUACGUGGUAUUCUUGCGGUCCCACGGUUUACGAUUCAGCCCAUAUAGGGCACGCGUGUUGCUACGUGAAAUUGGACAUAAUUCAAAGGAUAUUAAAGUCCUUUUUUAAAAUCAAACUCGUCACCGCCAUGGGAGUCACAGAUAUCGACGAUAAAAUCAUAAAAAAAGGUAUUGAAACAAAAACAGAUUUCAGAACUGUAGCUAAGAAAUUUGAGCAUGAGUUUUGGAUGGACAUGUCAAGUUUGAAUGUUGAAAAACCAAUGAUCGUUACAAGGGUGUCUGAUCACAUGAAUUCUAUCAGUCAAUUUGUCAAGGGUCUUAUUGAUUCUGGUAUAGGCUAUGUCACAGAAGAUGGAUCAGUUUACUUUGACACAUCUAAAUAUCCAGCAUAUGGUAAAUUGCAGAGGAUGCAAGACGGCGGUGAACCUACUGCCGAAGUAAAGAGGAAUAAAAUGGAUUUUGCUAUUUGGAAAGGUCAGAAACCUGGGGAACCCAGCUGGCAAACUGAUUGGGGCGAGGGAAGACCUGGCUGGCAUAUAGAAUGUUCUGCUAUGGUCAGCAAGUUGUUUGGCUCACAACUAGACUUCCAUGCAGGAGGCAUUGACUUACAAUUUCCUCACCACGAAAACGAGGAAGCACAAUCAUGCGCAUACCACAACACAAGGCAAUGGGCAAACUACUGGAUCCAUGUUGGACAUUUAAACUUAAAAGACACUAAAAUGUCCAAAUCCCUUCAAAACACCAUAUCAAUACCUAGUAUUGUUAAUAAAUAUAGUGCAGAUGCUUUCAGAAUGGCAUGCUUAAUGUCAAAUUAUAGGUACUCUAUGGAAUUCAGUGAUGAAGUCAUGCUUACUGCGGAGGAUGUAUUAAACAAAUUCAAAUUCUUUUUAAAAGAUGUCAUUGUUUAUGCUAAUGAUAACAGUUUGCAUGCAGAUUAUAAUGACGGUUUACUAAAAGAAUUACAGAAUGUUGAAGAAAAGAAUAUGGAAUGUUUGAGAAUGGAUUUUGAUACAUCUACCUGCAUCAACUCUCUACUUCAUUUAGUGGCUGUCGCAAACAGAGCAAUGAAGACAAACACGCCAGAUUACUACCCUGUGCCUAUUAUUUUAAUAGCAGAGUAUAUAAUAAACGUUUUAACUGGUUUUGGUUUAAAAUUAACAGAGUCCAUGAAUAAUGAAGUAUCAAAUUCACUAAUAGAUACUUUAGUAGAAUUCCGGCAUACAGUUAGAGUGAAUGCCUUGCAGCACAAAGAUAAAGAACUGUUGGCAGCUUGCGAUGUGGUCAGAGACAAAAUGAAAUCUGUAAAUGUUCAAAUUAAUGACAGUAAAAACACACCAUCUUGGGUUUUAGUUAAGUGAAAUGUAUGACAAAUAAAUAUAUUAUGUUAACCAAAGUAUUUUAAAACCAAAAAUAUAUCUUUUUGUUACUAUAUACAGUUUUACAUAUAGAAUGACUUUUUUUAUUUUUAUAAGUAUGACUAUUGUAUCAUUAAAUCAGUCAGACAUUUAUCUAUAUCUAUUAUCACUCCGUCAUUAUUGUUUAAUCAUUAGUGAUUAUCACAAUCAAGUCAAUGAUAUGAGAAUACAUAAUUUAUUACAAUUUGGAUGGAGUAGGUACCUACCACAGAAUAAGUCUUUGCAAGCAGCAUGGUGAAGCCGGUGAAAUCUAUAAAAAUUAACUAUGUCAGGCGUCUCCUUGACAUCUGCGUAUAGGUACAAUCUUUUUUAUAAUUUGUAUUUCAAAUUUGAACACUAAGGUAAAUUAUUAUAUUAAUCAAUAACUACCAAUGAAAAAUACUCCAUCUUAUUUGUUUAAAAUAUUCAAACACAUAAGAAAUCAUCUUUCUUGAAUACCUAAUAUUGAAAAUUACUGAUGCGACGCUUCGUGUCGUACUGCCUCAAAAAUGUAUUCAAUUUUGUUUUUUGAAGGGCCACCACAACCAUUCGUCAUUUCUUGCGCUAUCUGCCUAUUAUUCUUUAAUCUGUGAUCUGUCUAUUUGAUAGGGAAAUAAAAAUCAUAAAUAUAUGGCAAGUAUGUAUUAUAUUUGUUCAUUUCUUCAAAGUCUGUUAUCAAUAUUUUGCUCUUACAGGAAACUAUUCGUAUCUCCACAUUGUGAACAAAAUAUAAUCGGAAAACUAAAACUACGACUUAGAUAAUGUCAGUCUUCAAGAUUUCCAAUUACACGUGAGUCUUAAAACAAUAGGGCCCUUCUUAAAUGAUGUACUUUAAUAUUAUAUGAAUUUAAAACACAAUCAGGUUCAUUGGCAAAUAGAUCCCAUAUCACUUAUAUUAAUAAUGUGAAAGUGUGCAUUAAUUUAUUUGUAUUUAAUGUUUAUCCUACUAAUAUUAUAAACGCGAAAGUUUG